AUGGGCUUCUGCGUGUGCGGCGCCGACGACUUUGACGCGGGGUGGCAGCGCUGGGACGACCACCCCGCGCGCAAGCAGUGGGAUGUGGUGAAGGACCUGGGGGCGGGGGCGCUGUCCCAGGUGGUGCUGGCCCGCCACAAGACCAGCGGGGAGAUGGCGGCGUUGAAGGUUGUGUUCCUGGAGAGCCCCGCCGUCGUCGACGACCCCGAACACCUUGCCAUCCUGCAGCGCGAGUCUGACCUGCUGUCCAUGCUGGAGCACCCAAACCUGGUGGAGCUCAAAGAUGUGGUGCGCUCGCCCAGGCAGCUGGUGCUGGUGCUGGAGUGGCUGCGCGGCGGCCAGGUGAUCGACCGCCUGCACGAGCUGGGCCUGCAGUACAGCGAGCAGCAGGCGGCGGCCGUGUUUGCGCAGGUGGCGGAGGCGGUGGCCCACCUGCAUGAGUACAACGUGCUGCACAGGGACAUCAAGCCUGAGAACGUGAUGUUUGCUGAGCCGCCGGGGGAGGUGAAGCAGGCGCCGCUGACGGCGGCGCAGCUGCAGGCGGGAUGCCCGCUGGUACCGCACCGCAAGAUGCCUACCGUGAAGCUGGUGGACCUGGGCAUGGCCUGCCUGUACGACCCGCUGAAGCCCAUCACGGGCCCGCUGGGCAGCCCCGGCUUUGUGGCUCCCGAGAUCAUCCACGGCGCAGUGCAUGCCCCAUCCAUGGACGUCUUCAGCCUGGGAGCCCUCCUCUUCAUCAUGCUGGUGGGGCGCAAGCCCUUCAACAUCAAGGAGAGCGAGAGCCUGCGCUAUGCCACGAUGAGCCUGACGGACGCGCCGGGCCUGAAAGACCCCCGGUGGCUGGAGCUGUCCCCUGACGCCAAGCACCUGCUGAUGGGCAUGCUGGCCUACGACCCAGCCCGCCGCAUGACCAUAGAGCAGGUGCUUGCCCACGAGUGGGUGGUCAGCCGCGGCGGCGUGCUGCCGCGCCCGCUGGGCCAAGACGUCGUCUUCGGCGCAGCCACCGUCGCCUCGGUGCGCCGCCUGCGUAACCUGUGCGGCGGGGUGGUGGCGUUCAACCGAGCGGCGGCGGCCGCGGGGGCCGGGCGCGGCGGGCGCGGCGGCGGCGGCGGCGGCGGCAGGGGUGUGCCCGCCAAGGCCGCCAGCGCGGGCGCAGGCAUGGCAGACAGCGCCAGAGACGUGUACCUGCGCCGCCUCAAGCAGUCGCAGCGGCUGGAUGCAAGCCGCGGGGGCGCCAUGCACCGGCUGGCCACCUCUCUUGCCAGCAACGCCUAUGCCAAGGCGCACGACGCGGGCGGCUCCAUCCACCCAAAAGGCAAGUCCGACGACGUCAGCGUGCGGCGCGGCGCGGCCGGCGGCAGCGCCGCGGGCAGCAGCCGCGAGGGCAGCGCCAGCGGGCGGCGCCUGGGCUGGGGCCGCCGCAGCUCCUCACCCAUCCUGGGCGGCUCCCUGCACGGGGCCCAGGCGGACCCUUCCACCUCCCGGCGCCUGCGCUUUGGCUCGCUGCUGCUUCCGGGAGGGCUGACCAAGUCUCCCACCUCUGUCAUGCUCUCCGAAAUGGAGCGGGCGUCGAGCAGGGAGGCGAGCCGGCGGGGUGGCGGCGGCGGCGGCGGCGGCGGCGGCGGCGCCACGCUGGCGCCAGGCGGGCAGCAGGAGGCGGAGGGCGGCCUGGCGCGCCGCCCCUCCACCCUGCAGCUGCUGUCUGCGGCGGCCAAGGUGUACCUGGAGGGCAGCGUGCACGGCAGCAGGCGAGGCGGUACCGCCGCGCUGGGCGCCGCGCUGGCCGGCGGCGGCGGCGGCGGCAGCGCCGGCACGCAGCGCCAGGUGGCCGACGACCGCAGCGCGCGCAGCGGGCGGCAGCGCCAGCUGGCGGGCCUGCCAGACGCCUCCACCAGCAGCUCCGCCAGCAGCAGCAGCGGCCUGGCCUUCCCAGAUUCGGAGGCCAGGCAGCGCGGGCUGGCGGCCGCGGCGGCGGUCCGCCCUGCGGCCGGCCCCACGCCGCCGCGCACGGGGCCGUCGCCUGCCGCCUCCCGCGGCGCCAGCGGCAGCGCCGGCACCCCUGCCGGCCCGCGCGGCGCGACGGCGGCGGCACCUGCCGGGCCGCUGUCUGUGGGUUCAGACUCCAGCCAGGCCGCCUCGCCGCGCCCAGCGGGCUCGGCGGAAGGCGGCAUCAGCCCCGGCCGCAGCGGGCCCGCCGUGCCGGGCCUGAGGCCGCACCGCGUGGUGCAGCGCCGCAGCAUAGACAACCCGCUGGCGCCAGGCGAGCCACCGCUGCGCCGCGCCUCCUCCUUCUGCUUACCUGCUGCCUUCCUGCUGCCUGCGGAGGCUGCCACUAACCCUAUGCAGGCGGUGCUGCGCCAGCAGACGCCCCGCAGCUCCAGCUCCAGCCGCAGCCGGGAGGGCACCGGCAGCAGCAGCGCCCCGGGCACGCGGGUGGUGCGCAUCAAGCCGCUGGAGUGA